AGCCAGAGGACGGAUGGUGUUGUUGCCUGGAUAUAAAUGUUUGCUAUCUUUAACACAGGAGAAGAUGAGUUGCAUUUGCUCAGUCAAACGAUGCUCCACUCGGUUGGCACGGGGCAGGGGAGGCGCUGAGACCCUGUGAUGUACCGCUGGGAUUUCCCCAGAAUGACCCAGCAAACCACGUACCCAGGCAGGAUAAGGGAACGGUUAAUUCAGGACUUUAUCCACAAACAAUUUCAGGCUAAAAAUAUCCCCCCUCCAGGCAGCACCAUUCCAGGAGAGCACAUCUUGUCAGCCCAACUUGUUGCCUUUUUUGACGGGAUCGUAGCUCCCGCUGAUAGAGACACCGUGUUGCCGUCUUGCGCUUGGCUCUCUCCAAGGCAGCUGACUUGGUCUCUCAUCCCAGCCUGAAUUAAAAGUGUGCAUUUGACGCAGUGAAUAUGCAAUUAAUACAAGGAUUAAAAUCUGACUCCUGGCAGACUUGAACAUGUAGAUGAGACACCAGUGAGGAGGUCUCCCUCGGGAUCAGUCCUCGGUUCAGUGCAAUCCAAUGCUCCCAUCGCCAGUCUGCGUGAAUGCCUCUCCUCUUUUGGGUGGGAAAAGCAAGGGAGGAGCAAACAAGCCAGAGGGAGGAGAUGACUAUCACAGCCUGAGCUGAACCACUUGGGUGCAUGGCUGCGAUCCAUCAGCCCAAGUGCAAAUUGCACCUAAGAAGAUAGGCGGCUCAGGGUGGUGUGAGCUGCUGUGGGCAUCAAGACAGUGCUGGAAAGGAAAGGAUGAAAGCCACUCUUCAUCCCUGAGCUCUUCCGCAGAGUCUUCUGUAAUAUCUUGGCUUGGGUGUUGAGGGACUCUCCGUGACACUCUAUUUCCAUCCCUUGGUGUCUGGCAGUCCCUGGCAGCAUCCCUCAGGCCCCACCAGCCCAUGGCUCAGCCUUGGUGGCCCUCAGGCCAUGGGUGCCCUUCUUCCAGCUCCCUGGAGCCCUGAACAUCUCCACGACUUCCUUCUUGAAGAUGAGUUUCCUCCCUGCCUGCUGACGACAGAUGCCGCUGGGGGCCGGGCACAUUGGUGGGGCAGCAGGACGCCACGGCUGAUGAUCCCUCUCUGGAGAUAGGCAGCGCUUCGCGGCCCACCUGGGGCUGCCUGGGUCUCCUCUGUGCCCAGGAGAGCCUUGGCCCACCUCGUGCUGCAGGCCAUGGAGGGCACAUCGGUGCUCAGCCCAUCCUCGUGGGAGAAGCGGCGCGCAUGGGCCAGGCAGAGCCGGUGCUGGAGAACCACCGUGGUGGAGGAGGAGGCCGCUGCAGCCAUGCAGGAAGUCCCUGAGCUGCAACCGCCUCACCUGGAUGACGUCUUUCUCGAAGGAAUCUCCUCCAGCAAGAUAGAGACGUGGCUGCAGGACUGUGGGUCAUCCGUGGAGAUCCUGCUGGAGGAGCCGGGCUUGCCAGGCCCAUAUGGGUGUGGGAGCAAUGGGACCAGCUUUGAGGAUGACCUGACUCUGGGAGCUGAAGCGCUUCUGCUACCGGGAAAUGACAAAGCCGUGGGCAGAGCUCUGCGGGACAAGCAUCUCAAUCUCGGGCACAGCAUGGCAUCCAGUGUCCUCUCCAGUGUCACCAACAAGACCUGCUCCAGCAUCUCUGAGAUCUUGGAGUGGUGGCAGGCUGAUGCUGAAGAGAUCCUCUACAACCUGGGCUUUGUACAGAGCGAGCCAGAGGCCAUGGCCCGCAUCCCGGCACGUUUCUUCUCGGCACCCUCGCAGGCCAAGGGCAUCGACUUCCAGCUCUUCCUGAAGUCCCAGGUGCGGCGCAUGGAGAUGGAGGACCCCUGCCUGAUGCUGGCCAGUCGUUUCCAGCAGGUUCAGGCCCUGGCUGCGACGGCUGAUGCUUUCUUCUGCCUGUACUCCUACGUCUCGAAGACCCCUGUGCAGCGGAUCUCACCCUCCCGCCUUGUCUGGACCUGCCCUGACAUCCCCGAUGUCCGCAUCGUCUCCGCCAAGCCUGAGACCUUGUCACCUGUGGACCGCCUGAAAAAGGCUGUCUCCAAGAUGUGCCUGUACACAUCGCCGCGGGCUGAGGACAAGCCGUGGGGCCCUGGUCAGGUGUCUGCUGUGCAGGGCAGCCGGUCCAGCAGCCUGGGCAAGGUGGUGCAGGAGAGGGGAGCAGACAUCGCCACCAAGGCCAGCCCCACCAGGGACACCGAGUGGCACCAAAGAGGGACAUCUGGAGUGGCCCUGUCCCCAUUGCCAGAGGAGGAGUGA